AUGGAUCCAUUUUGCCCCGCUACCAAAUUUUUUCAGGCCCACCACGACGAGUGCAAGUUCAACAUGGUCGAGUGCAGACUCAAAUGUGGCGUGACGCUGGAGGCGCGCUAUCUGAAGAAGCACAUGGAGAAGGAGUGUCCACGCCGCAUCGUCGCCUGCGACUUCUGCGCGGAUAAGAUGGAGUAUGACGAGGAACUGGAGCAUCUGAACACCUGCCCGAAGCUGCCUGUCACCUGCCCGAACGGCUGCCAGACGAAAAACAUCGCUCGCGCCGACCGUCUCGAGAUGCGGAAACACGAGGAGAAUGGAGCUGCAGCAGCACGUUGGUCUGCUCGGUGCGGCGGCGCCGCUAGCAAGGUCACCUAUGACAUGCAGCGUCAGGUCACAAACAUCGACGCAGAGGUACAAUCGUUCAAGAAAUUAUACGGCUCACAGCUUCUUUGGAAGAUCGACAAAUAUGGCGAGAAGCUGCACGACGCAAAGUCGGGCAAGAAGACAACCAUCUACUCCCCUCCAUUCAUGACCAGUCGUUACGGUUACAAAAUGGCAAUGAGUGCUUGUCCGAAUGGCGACGGAAGGGCUCUGGGCAAGUUUGUAUCCGUCUUCAUCUGUCUAUGCAAAGGCGACUACGACUCGCUCAACGCUUGGCCGUUCGGACACAAAGUGACCUUCACGAUGAUUGACCAAUGCGAAGAUCCGAACGCUCGCAAGAACAUUGUCUUUACCGUCAGACCAAACGCCAUCAAGGAGAACCAGGCGUUCCUCGGUCGUCCCAUCGCUGAACGAAACGCCAGCUUCGGCACUCAGAAAUUCUGUCUGUAA